CACAGUGCAUCAUUAAAGGCGAAAAACGAAACGUCCAAAGUACAAGUAGUGCAUACAGGGAAGAGGGAACUUUAUAGCUUAAAUAAAGUGUUGGCCUCGCGACAGACGUGGAGAAAAGGUUCGUUUGCACGUCGUGUUUCUGUAAAGAAGAUACGUUUCCUUACGACAAAACUAGCUUGUGUCUUUCAACAGCAUGGCUGAGCCAAAGGAAAAAGGAGAGUUGUUGCCUCAAGAUGUUGGUUCAGAUGACUGCCUGACUUCCUACACACACGUCUACAGUCCAGAUUUACUAAAAGAUCAAGUUGCUUUUAUCACAGGUGGUGGAUCUGGGAUUGGACUCAGGAUAGCUGAAAUCUUCAUGAGGCAUGGCUGUGACACAGUGAUCGCAAGCAGGAACUUAGACAAGCUCAAAGAGGCUGCUAAAAAGCUGUCUGCUGCAACAGGACGCCGCUGUCUCCCUCUGUGUAUCGAUGUGAGGCAGCCGGAGAGCAUCACAGCAGCUGUGGACGAGACACUGAGAGAGUUGGGCCGCAUUGACAUCCUCAUCAAUAAUGCUGCUGGAAACUUUCUCUGCCCGGCAACUUCACUCUCCUUCAAUGCCUUCAAGACAGUAAUGGAGAUAGACACCAUGGGUACAUUCAACACCAGCAAAGUGGUUUAUGAGAAGUGGUUCCAGAAUCAUGGUGGCAACAUAGUCAAUAUUUCUGCAACACUUGGUUACAAGGGACAGGCCCUCCAGGUGCAUGCUGGCUCUGCCAAGGCUGCAAAUGAUGCAAUGACAAAGCACCUUGCUGUGGAGUGGGGACCCAGUGGAGUGAGAGUCAAUACUUUGGCUCCAGGUCCUAUCUCUGGCACAGAGGGCUUCCGUAGGCUGGGUGGUCCUAGAGGAGAAGCUGCUGGUGCCUUCCAGUCCAUUCCUUUGCAGCGUGCAGGCAACAAGACAGAGAUGGCCCACAGUGUUCUUUUCUUGGCCAGCAGGGCCUCCUCCUACGUGACUGGGGCCAUUCUGAUUGCUGAUGGCGGGUCAUGGCUGACCUCAGCCAAUGAUGUCUCCAUGCUGUUGGGUAUUGCCUCCUCUAAAUCUAAACUCUGAACAGGGGCUCUCCUGUCCUCCUCCUGACCAAGGUCAUUGGUCAGCAGAAAAGAAAAGAGACAAAUAAAUUCUGGGAACAAAAGAAUGUGAAGUAAUAAUACACUUUUAAUGUACAGUUUCUAAUCACCCAACACCUCAUUGUAUGAUUUGUUUUUACACUCUAAACAAUGGAUGAAAUUUACUUCAAUUCAAUUUAUAUACCACUCUCUGUAAGUAUGUGUAUUGUCAUGAAUUUCAUGUACAGUCAUGUUUUUCAACUCAUUCUAUUUGACUUUUCAGAACCUCUCUUUUUUUUAAUAUAAUGUUUAUAUUACAGUAAAAUAUAUACACCACU